AUGAAGCAGUAUGACGAAGAGAAAAAUCUGUAUUUAGGGGGAGAACAACGCAUGGAACCGUCAGUCAACAGUGAGCCUUUCACAGAAGUGGUUGAUUUCAGUGUCCAACCAAGCAGCACAACUGAGAAGACAAACAUGUCGAAGCUGGCCGCCUAUCCCGUCGACAAGGAAAGCGUGAUGGUGGACAAGUACACCUUCACGCUCCCUGAGCUGUACCGAGAGAUUGCGAAGGAGGAACUCCGCGAGACGGAUCAGGUGCGCGACGUAGCGAUGACGCAGAUGCGCGAGUGGAUAAUCCGCAACAAGUACAUCCACAUGUGCCGCACGGAUGCCUUGUUUCUGUUGCGAUUCCUGCGUGCCAACAAGUUCUCGGUACCGAUGGCAUGCGAAGCCCUCGAGCGCUAUCUGGCUGUUCGUGAGAUGUACCCGGGAUGGUUCAAGCACAUAGAUAUCAUGGAACCUGCUACGCAAAUCUUGCUCAAGGAUGGGCCUGUUUCUGUCCUUGGUCGGGAUAGUGCCGGUCGAACAGUGAUUCUUAUUCGAAUGGACCUAAUCAACGCUGACCUGGUGACGCCAGUGCAGAUAUGUCGGUAUCUAACGCUGAUGGUAGAAACGAUGCUCGAAUCGGAAGAGGUCCAAAUUGGUGGCCUAAUGUUGCUGAUCGAUUACACCGGCGUCGCUAUGAAAGUGUUCCAGGACUGGGGAGCAACCGAAUUGAAAAUAGUGAUGGAAGCUUGGACCCGCUGCUAUCCAGUGCAAUAUCGCGAAAUACACGCAGCAAAGCUGCCCAAGAUGGCGAUCCCAAUCGUGGAGCAAUUGCUUUCAUUCGGAUCGCCCAAGUUCCGGGAGAUCAUACACUGCUACACUUCGGUUGCGGAAAUGCAGAAACAUAUGGAACCAUCGAUCACACCGAAGAAGUAUGGAGGCACCAUGGAGAUCGAUUUGAACGUCGUAAACAAGAGGUUUUGGGAUCGGAUGGUGGAGCUUGAAGAUGUCGUCACUGGCUUGGAUAAGAUGGAGAUCGAUAUGGACCAUUACACCGAGGUUUGGGACAAGCUGAACCCGGAUCUGAUGGAGGCUAGGUCGUUUAAGAAUUUGAUUUUCGAUUAGUCCUUUUACAUGACGAUCGAGCUGGUAAAGCUAUCGGAGUUAAACUGUUUGAAAGGUACACAG